GUCGGACUUUGAAUCUUAAAGCAUUGAGCGGGUAUCGCUAAUAAUCUGUCGUAGACGAUGGACGAUGAUUCCGACAAUGAAAAGGGAAGUCUUUUGCCCAGAGCCAAUGAUGCAAAGAUUUUGGACAAGGAUGUGUCGAAGGAAUGUGUUGAAUUGCGUAUGGACAAAUAUGACUCUUCUUCGGAGGAUGAUACGGAUAAUUUUGAUUGGGGCACCGAUGAUGAGGAGGAGAACCUUAUUGAAGCUAGAGCAAGGGGACAUCGCGAUACGACUUCAUCAACUGAGCCGAUUAUCCAGCGUUCUUCAAGUGAAAAUAUUAAAACAGAUGAUUGUAUAGCCAACACAGGCAGUGUGACCAAUGAAAAUCUUUUCAAUGAAACCUUAGUAAACCAGCAAGAAAUCGAUAAUAUCACCGAGCAUUUAUUGGGUGAAGGCAUAAAUGUUAGCGAGUCGUUUCAAAAAAUACCUAACGCAGUUGAAUGCAAAGGGGCCGAAAUCCCAGAUAAGGACAAUCAAGAAGAUAAGCCACAACUUCAGCUGAAUGUGGGUGAAGAGAAAGAUAUGGAUACAAAGAUAGCUCAGUUGGUCAUACUGAACCCAGUGGCUAAGGCUAUCAGCAUUUCACAUUUCCCAGAUUUAACUAUUGACAAUGCAAAACAAAUUUUAUCCAUAACAAAGAGACCUUCCAACCUUAAGAUAGUUCAAAACGCUAACACUAGUGGCCCUAUUAAAUUCCAUUCAAUGAAUGAUCUUCAUUUGAUUCAAACCCCACAAAGUUCUAUAUCAUGUUAUGUUAAUAAGGUUACAUCCCCAUCCCAAAACUACGAUUUUCAAACCGAAUCAAAUCCAUGUGAAAAACACGAAAGCAAACCAAUGGAGCAUAAUCUAGUUGAACUUGACAUACCGUAUGGCAGGAGUCUUUCUAUUGAGCAAUGUAAAGAAAGUGACAUGGUUUUAGAUUUAAAAGAACUGUCUAUGAAAUCCGAGAGUGUUGAUUGUUUUAUAUGCCAACAAAAAGAUAUGGACGAAUAUCAACCGCGUAUAAAACUCCAUUCGAAGAGUGAAAAUGAAAUUGUUAAAUUUGCCAAAGAAUUUUAUGAAAUUACCGAAGAGAAAAAAUUGGUCACCAAAAGUGAUGGUAAAUUGGGCAAAUUAUUGAGUAGCUCCUCCGAUUUGUAUUGUAUUACCAAUGAGUCAACUGAAAGUGAACUGCAAGAAUUUGAUAUAAGAAAAUGCAAAAUUUCCCAUAGUAACUCUGUGGUUGAUUUAAAACCCAUUGAAUUAUUAAUCCAAAAAGAAGAUGAAAUUGUUGACAACUUGAAGGGAAACAGUGAGGAGCCAACAAAAAUAUUCGAAAAUAAGCAAACAGAACAACAAGAAAUUUCCCAUAAAGAAGAAGCGAACAACGAUGAAGGAAACAAUUUGUAUCCACAACAAUGUUUGGAGGCAUCGUGUGACACCACUCAAACGCAAGAUUUGGAGUCGGGUUAUUUCGAGAAAACCGAUAGUUUGUUGCCUAGCAAUGAAAAGGAGGAUUUUCCACCAGAUAGCUGUUGUUCUGAUCAAGGUCACCUGAUUUACGAUCAAACCAUAUCGGAGAGCUUACGCAAUCAAUUGAACCGCUUCGACUUGUUAAUUGAGACCAUGGAUCAGCGCAAUGCCCGUAAUAUAGCCAUAAAUGCCGCCGAAAGGGGCUAUUGGUCAACAAUUUUUGGCCAAGCCAGCGAAAUAGAGGCCUAUGAUGAAAUAUCUCCAGAAAUUAAGGCCCAUAGAGCUCUUGAGCUUUUGGAAGAUUACCACUCAAGACUGUCAGAACCACAAGAUCGUGCUUUAAGAAUUGCAAUUGAACGUGUUAUACGCAUAUUUAAAUCAAGACUUUUUCAAGCAUUAUUAGAUAUUCAAGAAUUUUAUGAGCUUACCUUGCUCGACGACUCGAAGACAAUACAACAAAAAACGGUUGAAACUUUACAAAUAGCAAGCAAAUGGGAACAGGAUGGCCAUACUGUGAAAAUUUCCGAUAACCAAGCCGUAAAAGCCGUUGAUACGGAUGGAAGUCAAACAAAGAACGAACCAAAUUUAACAGAUGUUUCCACGGACAUUGAACAUCAACAACAACAAACAAAUGGUCGCCAACAACAACCACAGUCAGGAACCACAGAUAUAAAUAGUGCUCAUCGGGCAUCUUCAAAUAAGGUAAAUGGUGAUGAGAGUUGGGUGUACGAGGAUAUAACCCUGGAACGCGGCAAUUCCGGUCUGGGAUUCUCGAUAGCCGGAGGCACAGACAAUCCUCACAUUGGCACCGACUCUUCUAUAUAUAUCACCAAAUUAAUACCAGGCGGUGCCGCAUCCGCUGAUGGACGUUUGGGUGUUAACGAUAUCAUUGUAUCGGUGAAUGAUGUAUCCGUGGUAGAUGUACCACAUGCUGCAGCCGUAGAGGCUCUAAAGAAGGCAGGCAAUGUAGUCAAACUACAUGUGAAGAGAAAACGUACUGGAGGCGGUGGCAGUACCGUCAUAGAUGGUCCAAGUGCAAUGGCCACUCCCGCUCAGGUGGAAGAUACGGGUCCCAAAAUUUUAGACAUUGAUCUUGUUAAAGGAAACAAAGGACUGGGUUUCUCCAUUGCUGGUGGCAUUGGCAACCAACAUAUACCUGGUGACAAUGGUAUCUAUGUCACCAAGAUCAUGGAUGGUGGAGCGGCUGCUGUGGAUGGCCGUUUAUCGAUUGGAGAUAAACUCAUAGCGGUAAAAGCUAAUGGGGUCGACAAAAACCUAGAAAAUGUGUCGCAUGAACAGGCCGUGGCCACGCUCAAGUCUGUGGUCGAUAAAGUCACUUUGGUCGUGGGCAAAACGGCACACAGCAUACCAGCCUCUGGACAUCAUGUUAAUCAAGUGAAUUCGCAUUCAACAGGUGCGAUAAAUACUAUAGGACAAACAGUUGUUGAUUAUGCUCGCUCAUCUUCCACCACACCAUACACGAACAACAACAACAACACAAACGCUAUGCCAACAGCAACAACAGCUACAAUUAACAAUAGCAAUCAGCACCACCAUGCAUCUUCCCCAGCCGUUGCUGAAACAAUUCCAUCUACAUCUCGAUCCCAGUCACCUUUGCCUCAACAACCAGGAUCUAGGUACGCUUCAUCGAAUGUGUUGGCUACUGUGCCCCCAGGCACGCCGCGAGCUGUUAGCACCGAGGACAUCACAAGAGAAUCACGUACAAUAACCAUACAAAAAGGACCGCAAGGUUUGGGCUUUAACAUUGUCGGUGGCGAGGAUGGCCAAGGUAUCUAUGUGUCCUUUGUUUUGGCCGGUGGUCCUGCCGACUUGGGAGGAGAACUUAAACGAGGUGAUCAGCUGUUAAGUUGCAAUGAUGUAGACCUGAGAAAUGCCACCCAUGAGGAAGCAGCCUUGGCAUUAAAGAAAUCUGGAGGCAUUGUAACGUUAGUGGCCCAAUAUAGACCAGAAGACUAUAAUCGUUUUGAAGCUCGUAUACAAGAGUUAAAGCAACAAGCCGCCUUAUCUGCUGGCAGUACCGGCACUCUGCUGCGCACCACUCAAAAACGUUCUUUGUAUGUUCGUGCGCUAUUCGAUUAUGAUCCAAACCGCGAUGAUGGCCUACCAUCAAGAGGUUUGCCGUUCCGACAUGGCGAUAUAUUACAUGUUACAAAUGCCUCUGAUGAUGAAUGGUGGCAGGCACGUCGCGUUCUGGGCGACAAUGAGGAUGACCAAAUUGGCAUAGUACCAUCGAAACGGCGAUGGGAGCGAAAGAUGAGAGCUCGAGAUCGCAGUGUUAAAUUUCAAGGUCAAGCAGUUAGUGCAAAUAAUAACAUAGAUAAGCAAUCAACGCUCGAUAGAAAAAAGAAAAAUUUUACUUUUUCGCGCAAAUUUCCAUUUAUGAAGAGUCGCGAUGAACGAAACGAAGAUGGAAGUGAUCAAGAGCCCAAUGGAAUUGCCGCCAGUAAUAGUGAACUUGAUGUUAAUCAUUUAAACAACAACGAUUCCACCGAACCUCAGCCUUUUAUGCUUUGCUACACACAAGAUGAUGCCAAUGCUGAAGGAGGCAACGAAAUCAUCUAUAGAGUGGAACUACCCGAUGCGGAACAGAUUACCAUGAUCUACCUGGAGAAUAAAGAUGCUGACUAUACAUCCGAAGAGAAUGUCCUAUCGUAUGAGGCCGUACAAAGAUUAUCGAUUAAUUACACGAGACCCGUCAUAAUCUUGGGUCCCUUAAAGGAUCGCAUUAAUGAUGAUCUUAUAUCGGAAUAUCCAGAUAAAUUUGGAUCAUGUGUGCCACAUACCACACGUCCCAAGCGUGAUUAUGAAGUGGAUGGACGUGAUUAUCAUUUUGUAUCGUCUCGCGAGCAAAUGGAACACGACAUACAAAAUCAUUUGUUUAUCGAGGCUGGCCAAUACAAUGACAAUUUGUAUGGCACAUCGGUAGCGAGUGUACGUGAGGUGGCCGAAAAGGGCAAACAUUGUAUUCUGGAUGUAUCGGGCAAUGCAAUAAAGCGUCUACAAGUGGCUCAAUUAUACCCAAUUGCUAUAUUCAUAAAACCCAAGUCUGUAGAUUCUAUCAUGGAAAUGAAUCGUCGGAUGACUGAAGAACAAGCCAAGAAAACUUAUGAACGAGCUGUAAAAAUGGAACAAGAGUUUGGAGAAUAUUUCACAGGUGUUGUACAAGGUGAUACCAUCGAGGAGGUCUACAGCAAAGUAAAGUCAAUGGUUUGGUCACAAUCUGGUCCAACCAUAUGGGUCCCUUCAAAGGAAUCUCUAUGACCAGCCGUUGCGACAACAUGGACACUGCCACCUCGAGUACGUUGUCGACCUGUCUCGAGAUCAACGACAAUUACACAGCAACAACAACACAAUAAAACACAUUAGAAACAAGUGUUAUAUAUAUAUAUAUAUAUUUAGGUAUAUAUAUAUAUGUAUGUAUAUCCUCAAUUCCGAAAACAAUCCUAUAUUUGGCUUGAAUCGUAAGCGGUCACAUAUAGACAUACACAUACAAACAAACCUGCAUACAUUUGCAAAAUCUAUUGCUAAAACUUGCAAUGAGAAAGUCCCUCCUUCAACUCCCCUCUAACCACCACCCCCUUUUAUUAUCACUAACAUUUAGUUUUGUCAGAAUGUAAUGAAGAAGAAUAAGAAGAAAAAACCGUUAUAAACGAUUUAAAUAUUAGCGCGAACAAACAAAAAAAAAAAAAAACAAGAAUGGUGAGCAAAAAUAGAAGAGGAAUAUAUCCAAUGCAUUGUAAAAAUGCAUUUGUUGUUAUUUAGUAAAAAAAAGCAAAGCAAAACAAAAACAAAAAAAUCAUAUAUAUACAUAUAUAGAGAAGAAAAAGAAGUAAGCAACAAAGAAAAAGAAGGAAAACAAGAACUAAAAUUUCAUAAAGAAAUGAAAACUCGAAUACCAUAUUUAAAUAACCACCAGAAGAUGAAAUAAAUAAACAACAAGCGAAAAAGAAAGAAUAUUAUGUUAAAGUCUAUAAACAAUAGGAAGAAAAGAAACUACACUAAAAUUAACGAUUACGAAGAAAUGCAGUUCCCCCUAUUGAGAACAUCAAUAGAAUUCAACUUUUGUAAUGUUAUAUACAAACAAAACAAGAAUAACCUACAUGCAUACUACAUACAUAUAUACACACACACAUACAAACAUAGUACAUACAAAACACACAAAUUAGGUAUUGUUAAAUAGUAAUAUGAGUCUUUAUCUAAAUACCGUCAAACACUUUUUUUGUUCUUCGUGUUUAUCUUCUAUCCACUGCAUUGGCUAAGCGCGCACAGAACAAUUGUCACAAAAAUUUAUUAUUAUUUUUUUUUAAUUUACUUCUUGUUGAAAUUCCAAAUAGAUUCGAAUAAAUUUUUAAUAAAACCAGCAAACUUUUGUAAUUUUCAAUUAACUUUUUAAUACGAACACCACAUUCGCUUAAUUAAAAAAAAAAAAACAAUAAAACCUUGAAUCAAACUUUCGAUUCAAAUACGUUUUUUUACAAAUGUUUUCAAUUAAAUUUUCAAACAAGUUAAAAAAAUUAGCUUUAUAAAUAGAAAUCAUUAGAAUAUUUGAUAUUUUCGAUUAAAUAUUUCUUUAAACCAUUGGCUAAAAAAAGUUCUUUAUACCCUACACCAGUGGUGCAAAUCAAUUGUGUUUGUGUACUCCUAAAUAUGCAUCAAUUUUUAUUGAAGGUCAAGGGAUUUCGUUUUGAAAUUUUAUUUAUCAAUUAACGAGUUAAUUAAAAAUCGCCACAUGUCUAAUUUUAUUAAAAAGUUAAUUGAAAAACUAAAUUUUAAUUGUAAAUACAUAGCAAAAGCCAAAUUUUUAAAUAAUUUUUCUGUUAAAAUUUUAAACUUAAUCAAAAGCAGAUAAUGUUGUAGAUAAAACAGUGGUAUUCAGCUCUUUAUGGUGAAUUUAAUGCAAAUUUUGCCAUUGAGUAAGCAGCGAAUGAACAUGUGCGUGUGUGAACGAACACGUAUUCUUCUUAAUGCUUGUUCCAAAAUCACAUUUAAGUUUUGUUAAAAUCGCUUUAUUAUGGAGAACACGGAAAAAAUAUUAAACAUCUUAUGCAUGGGAACUAUCAAUGUU